UCGCGGGGGGACGGCGUCCCACGGCGGACAAACCUCGUCGCGCGGCCCAGCGGCGGGGCGGGGCCGGUAGUGGUACGACCCCACCCUCCGAGCUCCGCCGCGCGUCAGCGGCGCUCCACAGCAGAUCCUCUGGUCGCCAUGGCAGCCACCAGGAGUGUGAUGAGGGCGGUCCGAGUGUUUGAAUUUGGUGGCCCUGAAGUGCUUAAACUCCAGUCAGACGUGUUAGUUCCUGUUCCAAAAGAAAACCAGGUAUUGAUUAAAGUCCAUGCCUGUGGGGUAAAUCCUGUUGAGACAUAUAUUCGUUCUGGGACUUAUGCCAGGAAACCAGCUUUGCCCUACACUCCUGGCUCGGAUGUGGCUGGGGUGGUUGAAAGUGUUGGGGAACACGUGACUGCAUUCAAGAAAGGUGACAGAGUUUUCACCCUCGAAACGCUUUCUGGAGGAUAUGCAGAGUAUGCAGUUGCUGCAGCCAACAGAGUCUUUCCUUUGCCAGGCAAACUGGACUUCAGGCAGGGAGCAGCGAUCGGAGUGCCCUACUUCACUGCCUACCGGGCCCUUUUCCAGAAAGGCUGUGCCAAAGCUGGGGAAAGCGUGCUGGUUCAUGGUGCUAGUGGGGGGGUGGGACUAGCAGCAUGUCAGAUUGCCAGAGCUUGUGGUUUGAAGGUUUUGGGUACAGCAGGAACUGAGGAGGGCAUGAAUGUGAUCCUGAGAAAUGGUGCUCACCAAGCCUUUAAUCACAGAGACCCGAAUUACACUGAGAGAAUUAAGGCAUGCACAGGGCCGGGAGGAGUGGAUAUCAUCAUAGAAAUGCUCUCUGAUGUCAACCUGGAUGCUGACUUGCAGCUGCUGUCCCGCGCAGGGAGGGUGAUGGUUGUGGGCUGCAGGGGACGCAUUGAGAUAAACCCAAGAGACACAAUGAGCAAGGAGUCCAGCAUAAUUGGAGUGAGUCUGUUUCUUGCAACUGAGGAGGAAAGGCGUGAAUGUGCCACAGCAGUCCUUGAUGGCAUAGAAGCUGGCUGGCUGAAACCAGUUGUGGGCUUGGAAUAUCCCCUGGAGAAAGUAGCCAAGGCUCAUGAAGACAUUAUUUGUAGCAGUGGUGCCCGAGGGAAGAUGGUGCUCCUUCUAUAAAGGAGCACCCUUUUCCAUUUAUUUUGUAGCUGUUCUAACUGCACCUUUGCUUACAGGUUCACUGAAUGUAUGUUAUAAACAUACCUUUGAUCAUGUUUGAUGCUAGCAGAAAAUGCUCACUUAGAUGAAUUAGUUGACAUUUUCUUUUUGUAAUGAGCAGAGUUGCAUUUACUGUAAAGUAAUUUUGGUAGCUUUUUUGAUUGAUGUGACAGUAAUAAAUUUUCCCUGCUGGCGUGCUUUGUGCUGCAGGGAAUGGUAGGGCUUGGUAUCAUGGUCCAUGUGAAGGCAGAGCGAGGCCACUGUAGGUAACACAGAAUGGAGAUGCUUUUUACAGAUACACAAAAAUAAAUAACUCACUAUGUGUGUUAACUAGAACUGUAAAUUCUUUCAGCCACGAAAUUUGUACUCAAAUUUUGUACUCAAAUUAUGUCGCAUAAUUUACUUGAAAUAAAAGCUUUUACUGACAAAAUAGUUUCCUUUCCAGCUCAAAAGAUGGACAGAAUCUCUCAAGCAUGAACUGUUUGGAGCUGAGGCAGUUCUACUUGUCUGUGCCUCUAAGGCUGAGACGACAGUAUCCUGGCUCAUCCAGAGGCACUGUCACUCUGGAGCUGCAUGCUGGGAUUUGCCUCUUUGGAAAUGAUGGUCAUGACCAAAGCAGCUGAUUCCUGGAUGGUGAAUGGCUGAUUGUGAAGAUUUCAGUUCUUCCUAUGAGCUUUAUUAAAGUCUCCUGGAUCCCUGGCUGCACUGAGAGGGGAGGCUGCAUGGCUUUGUGGCAUGGAGAGUUCCUGUGAAAUUCCUGAAAUUCCAUCUGCUGAAGUGGGCAGGGCACAGCCUCAGCACUGGGGCUUGUGUGCAGGUGUCUAUGUGGGGUCACUUUGCCAUGACACUGGGGUCAUUUCAUCGUGUCUCUCAUAAACCUUAAAGCCAUUGCACAACAGAUGUGUUGCCAGGAAGGAUGGUGAAGUGUUUCUAGAGUUAGUGAUUUCAGUUUAGUGUUUCAGUGAGUGGUUUCAGAAAGCUGCUUGGGAGAGAAGGACGAGGCCAGCUCGGCUGUGGGACUGUCUGCCGAGGUGCAGUGGGGUCCUUCCUCCCUCCAGGCUGCCCCAGGGCAAUGAGCUGCUUUCCUUGUUUGUAGCACUUGCCACAGGAGUAGGGAGCUGUGUUUUUUAUGUGAAGAUGUAAGUGACUCACCUGGUGUAAGUGAUGUGUGUAGCUAGUGUCUCAGCUGAUUAUCCAGGUGAAAGGUGCUGACUGUUCCUGUUGUCUCAAGCAGAAUGUGGCCUGAGCAGUGGUGUUAGUUAGGAACCUGCUGUUCCUCUUGACAACUGUUAGAGAAAGUAAAACACCUCUUAAUGUCAAAGCACUAAACAGAAGUUAAAAGUAAUGGUUAAUGACAGAUAAGAUUGUGGAGAUGAUGUGCCUAUAAAAGUAUAUACCUUUCCUCUAUAUUCUGUGUUCAAAUAUUAAAUUAUUUUUAAUUCAGUCUUAAUUUAGUAGGGGUCUAUGACAUGAAUGAGAGGCUGAUUGUUUGCAGUGGCUCCUUUCUUGCUUAGUGCUGCCACUGCAUCGUGGAUGAUGUUUAGAGGAGAAAUACAUGGCAAGUCUCAGGUCUGGCCUCAUCGUUGUUGUCCCAAGGGCCGUGGUUGUAGUGGAGUUUGUCGCCAGAAGGUGUCAGAGCAGUUCUGUGUUAUCACAUUAUCGCUGCUCUCUGCCAGGGGACCUGGCAGAACGGCACAGCAGGACUGGGACUGACUUGAUGGGAAUAUCAUAUAGCGUUUAUUCUUCUGUCAAUUUCCAAUGUAUUGUAUCAAUUGAAGGAUUUUUUUUUUAAAUUUUAGAACAAGUAGUGUGGAUAGAACUAAUGAGAUAGGGCUCAGGUACAUCUGGUUUGUGCAAGCCACCCAUCUAGAAAAUGUCAUCCUGGGGAGUCCUUGGUUUCGCUCUCUUUUUGGGACCUGCUGCCCCUUGGCAGUGCAAAAAAGGAUGAGGAAGAGUGGGGCCCACAGACCAUUGAAUUUGGCAGAAUAAUUCUCUCAGUUUGUUGGGAAUCCUCCUGAUUUGACUGGAUGGGAUUUUGGAGGCAGUGGUUCCCAGUCACAGCCUGCUUGGUGCUGCCACGGGUGCUUGGAAGGGUUGAACAGGCUCUCGUAUUUGUGCCGACUUUGACAUCUGCAGGAGAGGUCUGGGCUUCAAAGUGAGGAGCUGUGUACAACGCAAGGCUCUGGAGACUGCUGUUCUAUGUGUUUCUAAAACAGAAAAGAGUGGAAUUGUUCUGGGAAGCAGCUGCUCUUGGUUAGCCUCAUUGUGCCCCAAAUAAAUGCUGCUUACAUUUUCUAGUCAUUAAAAGUCUGGUUGCCUCUCUAUUGUAA